AUGCUACGCCAAACGAUCUAUGCACUUUCUUCAGCUCCUGGCAAGGCUGGUGUUGCCGUUGUUCGUGUAUCAGGCCCACGUGCCAAGCAAGCGUUAACAAGUUGUACCGCUGGCAACGCACGAUCGUCAUGGCGACCACGACAAGCUUACUUUCGAUCGAUCCAGCAUCCACACACACGAGCACCCUUGGAUCGUGGUCUUGUCUUAUGGUUUCCAGGGCCACAUAGCUUUACCGGAGAAGAUAUUGUCGAGUUGCAUGUUCAUGGUGGCAACGCCGUCGUACGCAGUGUGCUGGAUGCCCUUGGUGACCUUCCGGAUUUCAGGCCAGCGGAGCAGGGCGAAUUUGCUAAACGUGCCUUUGACAAUGACAAGUUGGAUUUGACUGAACUCGAAGGGUUGGCGGAUCUUUUGAAUGCUGAAACAGAAGCACAACGACAACUUGCAUUACGGCAGGCUGAAGGUGGACUACGUGUACCUUAUGAGCGAUGGCGAGAACAAAUCAUUCAUUGUAUGGCUAUCAUGGAAGCUGUCAUUGAUUUUGGUGAAGAUGAACAAAUUGAUGAAGGCGCAACCGAUACGGCCGUACAAAAUGUCAUCGAUAUGCGUAAUGCCAUCCUGAAGCAUCUCGACGAUAAACGUGUUGGUGAAAUCGUACGUAACGGUGUCAAGGUCACUAUUGUUGGUCCACCGAAUGCUGGAAAAAGUACAUUGUUAAAUAUGCUUGCAAAACGUGAAGCAGCCAUUGUAUCCGAUAUACCCGGUACUACACGAGAUGUGGUCGAAGUAACAUUGAAUCUUGGUGGCUAUCCUGUGGUCAUCAGCGAUACAGCAGGAUUACGUGAAUCAACCGAUGUGAUUGAAAAAGAGGGCAUGAAGCGUGCAUUAUCGAGACUGGAUCAAGCCGAUAUCAAGAUAUGCCUCAUACCACUUACGGAUUGGGAUCGAUUAGACCAAAUAGUGCAUGACGUGGUUGACAAGAACACGUUUGUUAUUCUCACAAAGCAAGAUCUCACUGAUGACAGCAUGAUGGAAAAAGCACGGGAUCAAGUGGCACAAAAAGCACGAGGAGUAUGGGCAUUAAGCUGCAGGACCGGUCAAGGUGUCGAUCCAUUUCUCAAUGACAUGAUUGGUUUAUUAAAAACGACGUUUGAUGAUGCCAUAUCAAGCCCAGCAUUAAUUACACAAGCACGCCAUCGCCGACAUUUGCAGGAUUGUGUUGAGGCAUUGGAUCAAUUCCUUGCAACGCCAAGUGAAGAAAUCGUGUUGGCAGCAGAAGAAUUACGACAAGCAGCCAAUGCACUUGGAAGGAUUACUGGUCGAGUGGAUGUAGAGGAUGUAUUGGAUGCACUCUUUAGCCAGUUUUGUAUUGGGAAAUAA